AUGUCAUACCACCAGCAAGAACUCCCGUCUACGGCGCAACGCACCUAUUUCAUCUCCUACAUCCCGCAAAAGAACCCAGAACACAGCCCCAUGAGAAGCCUCGCCGAGCUCCGCGAUAGACUACAUCUCGAAAUCGCCGCCCCCCUACCCAAAGUCCUCGUGGUCCCAAGCGUGAUCGAAACCUUUGGCGGCCCGCCCGUCCAGUUCUACGAAGAUCACCUGCAGGGCACCGCACCAACCCCGACCAGGUACAGCGCGCCGCAGAUGGCCUGCCGCUGGCGAUUUCCGCAGCUCGUGACGGACGGGUGGGAGUGUAGCGAUACGAAAAUCAGCAGCGCGCUGGGUAAACAUGUGGUGUUGUCCGCGUCGUUUUGGUGCGCAAAGGUGCCGAUGCUGUUCGUCUCGCAGCCAAUGUUUACGAGUUCGAGCCGGCCGUUUGAAGACAAGUGUUUGGAUCAGGAGAUUGCGUGGGAUUUUCCGGCGCAGUAUAGUGGUGAGAUGAAGAUUGAGGAGUAUAUCAAUUUCUGGGUGUAUCAUCGCUGGGUGGCCUUUUUGGGAGCCUUAAGACCGUCUGACUUGACGCGGGAGAUGCUUUUCGUGGUGAUGAAGGCGUUGGAGCAGAAUCUUGAGGAGGUGCGGUACUUGUCUGGACGAGGAUGGGGGAUGAGUGGUGCGAAUGUGGGGGAUUGGAAGGAGUUGCUGGAUAGAUUGAUGAGGAGGGUGGACAUUAUGGCGUCUGGAGUCUUUUCGAAGCAGGAGGUUGAAGUAUAUACGGGAGAGGCGGCGAGCGCGGGAUGA